AUGGCGAAUCUCCAGUCUCCUGACAGUCAGGCUUUGUCGACGGCGCCUAUGACGGCAAGACAGAGGCACGCGAGCGAGGGUAAAGAUAUAGCAAAGUACAGCAAUACUCCGGCCGCCAUAGCUGGAAUUGAGGACGAUCUCAAGACAAAUAGAUCGGGUUGUAGGCAAGCCGGUGGAGAAGGACGCAGUCCUCGGGGCGAGUGGCGCUCAGCUGAAACAAGGGGCGGAUGCCGUGCGAGCCGGAAAUACGGUAUCAUUUCAGUGCGGCGAGGUCGCUGGAGUAUGCUGCGCGAGAGGGAAGUGCAGCACGACGAGGGCGAGGACGUCGAGCGACGCACCAAGUUAUAUACUCUCGCCGGUGGGGGCCGACGGGCGGUGGAGAGCAGUAAAUGCCAAAUUGGGGCAAGCGGGAGCCACUAA